CCUCAGCUACUACCAUGUGUUUGGUUAGCUAGCCCACAGACUCAACCUAACCUUCACUUGUAUAAGAUCAUCAUCAAUCCUGCGACAAAACUACAAGCUGCCCAAAUAUGGCUACAGACGAGGUGAAGAUCCUGGGACGAUGGACGAGCCCAUUCGUGAUGAGGUCAAGGGUAGCGCUGAAUCUUAAGGGAGUUGAGUAUGAGUUUUUGGAGGAGGUUUUUGGGGUGAAGAGUGAUUUGCUGCUGAAAUCAAACCCUGUAUAUAAAAAGAUGCCUGUCAUGAUUCACAACGGGAAGCCUAUUUGUGAGUCUAUGAUCAUUGUCGAGUACAUCGAUGAGGCUUGGGCUGAUGGAAAGCCUGCAAUUUUGCCUGAUGAUCCGUACGAUCGAGCGGUUGCGCGCUUCUGGGCUGUGUACAUUGAUGAUAAGUUCUUCCCCUCCAUGAGAGCAACAUGGAGUUCACAAACAGAAGAAGCCAAGGCAGAAGCAGUCUCCCAAGCCCACACGUCCCUCCAAUUCCUCGAAGAAGCCUUCAAAACCUGCAGCAAAGGCAAGGGUUUCUUCGGCGGCGACAGCAUCGGAUCCCUAGACAUCUCCCUUGGCUGCUACUUGGGCUGGAUCAGGACCACCGAGAACAUAACAGGUGUCAACUUAUUGACUGUAGAGAAAACGCCGCUGUUGGCUGCGUGGGCCGAGCGGUUCUGUGCUGAUGAGGCGGUGAAGGAGGUGAUGCCGGAGAUUGACAGGCUUGUGGAGUUUGCUAAGAUGCUUCAGGCUAAGUGGAAGGCUCCUGCCAACUAAUUAAAGAGACUUGUUGUGGUUACUUUGUUUGCAUGCUAUUUGAAUAAGUACUCCUACUUGUUGUUAGCGCUAAGUUGAAUGUUGCUUUUGAAGUGGAAAAAUGUGUACUUGAUGGGUUUCGAAUAUCAAAUGCUUGGAUGUUUCUUCAA